GUGUCAUUAUGGCGGUGUGUGUCUCUAAGUGGGAGAGAUGAAGAAAUGACUUCGGCUAAGCAUGAGAAUGAGGAUAUAUUCAUUGCUGCACGACUGCAGAAGACUUCGGCUGGCCUGGAUGAAGAUUUAGAAGCAGUGGAUAGUAUAAGUAACUCUGACUCCAAGUACAUCAAUGAAGUGUUGAGCCCUCAUAUAAGAAAAGUUGAGGCUGCCCAAGAUGUUACCAUUUCUGUUCCAGUAACAGUCAUAGAUGAUAUUCCAGAAUUUAACACCUCUAACUCAGCUGGAAAUCAAGAGACAGAGACAAGGGUUUCACAAAAUAUCUCAGCUGACUCUGUUAAUACAGGAAACUUUACAAAUAAAAACAACAAUGCAGGUUCCUUUGAUAAGGGACACACAGAUGGUGGAGCUGUAUGCAUAUCCAAGGACCUAAUAUAUCAGCAACCAUCUGAAAAUGAAUUCAGUCAUUUGCCUGUGGAACAGAGGAGAGAUAUGUUUGAAUAUCUCACAUCCUCCUUCGAAAAAAGAAGUGAAAAGAACUUAAGACUGGACCCUCCCCCCAGACAUGCUGUGAAGUCUGAGGAGUGUAAAUCUAAGAUGACUCCAUCUCACUCCAAGGCCACAGCUGAAAUCGGUACAGCAAAGGAGAAGAUUAAUCCACUUAAUGACUGUAGUAACAGAGAAAGAUCUCUGAAAAAAAGUAAAUCAGAAUUAGAAAUCAAAUGGCCACCAGCAAAAAAAAUUGAUGCAGAAGUCCCAUCAACACCCACAUGGUGUCAUCGUGCCCAGAAUUCAGGAACAAGCUAUGAACCUAAAAUGGGUUUGACAACCUUUAAAGUUGUCCCUCCCAAACCCGAAGUAAAACAUUUUGAUAGAGGAGUUUCACUCUCCACUGGUGCCAUUAAGAUAGAUGAACUAGGCAACCUUAUAGGCCCAAACACGGGUGUCAGUAAGCCCAUUCCAAGUACCUCUACUGAUGAAAGUGAGGAAAUUCAUCUUGGGAAAGUAAAAGCAUUCUGGAGGUCAAGUUCUAUGGAAAAGCAAAGUGAUGACUCUGCUGAGCAUCUUCCUAAAAAGUCAGCAGUCACCGCAAACUCCAAACCCUUUACUAUAAAACAUGAACAUAAACCUGUCAGUCUUGCAGCUCCAAAACCUGUAGCACCACAAAUUGCUACUACCCAGGUAGCUGAAAGACAGUCUGAGAAUGAAAGGACCAAACCACCUCUUCCAGUUACACAGUCUCAAGUAACACCAUUAGUGGCCUCAACCAUUAAGGACAAGCUGGAGCUUCCAUUUGUAAAGCCACAUAGGAGAACUUCAAGUCAAUAUGUUGCCUCUGCCAUUGCAAGACACAUCAGCGUAACUACCUUUAAGCCUGACUCUACGGAACAUCUUCAGAAAGAUGAAAAUAAGCAAAGGACAGAAGAGGUUAAAACUGAAGCAGAAGUUUCACCAAAAAGAUGUAUUAUUAUGGCCAAAUGUAGCCCUGUGGAAACAGAACCAGCAGAAACAAGAGAAACAUUUUCAGGUAUUUUUACUUCCAGCCAGAAAGCAUCCCACAGGUUUAUACCUGGUGAUAAUUCUGGCGUGGAAAACAAAGUAGUUAACAUCAGGGCACCAAAUCAAGCAACUCCUCUGAGUUUCUAUAAAAAGAAUGCCAGCGUCCCACUUACUAAAUCCUCUUCAAAGGAUAACAACAGUGCAGAAGAUGAUCAUGGUUUAAACAACAAACAAAGUAUAGCGGAGAAAAAGAUGCAUCUUUUGUUUGACCAAAAAUGUGAGACUUUGACCCAUAUUAAUUCAGCCUCAUCUCUCAAGUCGCCUGAUCUCCAAGGAGUCCCAUCCUCUUUCAACUCAUCUUCACGAGUCCCUAAAUGGCCUCCUGCUAACAGUGUACAAGUUAGUUUGCUUAAAGCUUCACCCGAACUAAAUGGUGCCGCAGCAAACGCAGAGUCAGAACAGGAGGAGAAACCUGAUGAUUCAGAUAUUGAUGCCAUCAGUGAACUGGAUAUUAAUGUGCAGACCAAUAUCUUUGGACCAAAGAAGAAGUUCAAACCUGUCGUCCAAAAACCAGUUCCAAAAGACACAUCACUGCACAGUGCCCUAAUGGAAGCCAUUCAAACAGGAGGGGGAAAGGAGAAACUCAGAAAGGUUUCAGACAGUGCACUAAAUGGCAGUCACAGGAAACCCUCAUAUGCGGAGCCAGAGAAUGAGCGCUCAGCCCUACUAGCAGCAAUUAGAGGCCACAGUGGCACCUCAAAGCUGAAAAAGAUCUCCUCAUUGGCCUCCAAAGAGCUGCAGAGCUAUAGGAAUGCAGAACUGUCCUUGCGGAAGGCAGAAGACCCUCAGGAAGAGAAGCUUUGUAUCCCACCUGCCCCUGCCCAGCCGCCACCACCUCCUCCCAUUCAGCUGUCAGCAGCAGCUCCUAGAUCCUCUGCCACGGCUACAGGUAACCCUGGGGAGGCAAGACAAGCCCUAAUGGAGGCCAUUCGCUCUGGUGCUGGAGCAGCAAAGUUGAAAAAGGUCCCUCUGCUCGUUUGAAUCAUGUAUAAAGAACAGGUAAUUGGAAAAUCUAACCCCGUAUGCACCCAUAAUCAUCACUCAAGGUCUGAAGUGGCAAAAAACAUCAAGAAGUUUAGUUUAUUCUCUUGUCUACAAGCCAAAAUAAGUUGUAGUUAAUUUUCAGUGUGUUCCUGCAUAAUGGUUCUGAGGGGAAAAUAUGUUGCUCUGCUGUAAAGCUUCUGUGCCAAGGAAUUGUGUUUUGCCUCUGAAUAUUUAAGGUUGCCAAUAAACUAUUCUUGUUGGCAGGUUAAUAAGAAUAUAAACACUGUGCAGUCCUGUGUUAAUACUUAAUUGUGUUUAUGGGCAAAAUUAAGAGACUUUGCUCACUAUCUGGAAAGUAAUACUUAUUUCAAGUUGUUAAAAAUAUGUAACUAUUUCAAACUAUUUACUUGCUUCUUAUUUGAUUUGGAAAAGGGCUGUAAGCAAUUAGGAUGAAAACCAGAAUAAAGAUCUAUAAAAAAACAAUCACAAGAAAAAAGUUAUGGUGUAUUAUGAAGGACCUAAAUUGUCAUAUGCUGGAGUCACUGGUUUUUAAAAUUAGAUGAACUUGAUAUCUCUGGUGGAGCUCUGAAAAGCAGACAAUCAAUAAUGAAUGUGAGACGAUGUCUGUUGAAAAGUUACUUAUGGGAUAUGAUGUAUACAAUGCUAAUAUGCAAAGAUAUACUGAAUCCUAGUAACAUUCAUGGCACUUUAAAAAUAUUGAGACACCUUAAAGGGUCUCUUAUUUGCAACAGACUGUGAAGGUUAUAAAUAAAAUUCAGAGUACUGCACAGAGGUCCAAGAUUUAGAAUUCAUUCCUGCACUGCAAAAUGAAGUGAAGCUGGUUUGUAUCAGCAACCAGAACUUUUGUUGUGUCUUGUUCAGGUCAUGCAUAAGUUGGUCCUUUGUUUCCAAUUUGUAUGGCUGUUGUAUGUUGUCUCACAAGUAUUUAUAGCAGCAUCUUUUUCAAAUGCUAACUACUUUGGUAGUUGUUGUUGUACAUAUUUUGAAAAUGUUUCGUUAAAUUGAUUAAAAGGACAAAUGAAAAUGCUUUUUCACAUUUCCUAUAUUGUAAUGAAACUGAAGAAGAGAAGGUUUGUACAUUUACGUUUUUAUAAUCACAGACAGGAGUGAUGGCAGAUUUUUUUUUUUUGAGUUGAAAUUUAAAAUGUAUAGCUAUGUAAUGUUGAAAGCAUGAGAAUAUUUAGCCAUCUGCAUUUAAAGUGACUGCAUAUUAUAUAUUGUAAAAUAUUGAUGUCUGUUAGUGCCACAAAUAAAAACAAAAUCAAAACCU